UGUUUGUUUCAGCCAGUGCCUACCGCAGCGCCGCGGCGCGCGCGUCUCCCACAUCCCGCGCUGAAUUAUGCGCACGCGCAUCCGACACAAUGAGGCGCCUGGCGAGAUCUUUCUACCUAGUGUCAUUCUUGUUUUUCAUCAUUUUCCUCUAUCACACUUUAAAAGAAAUGAAAAGGACACAACAAGAAUUGCAAUCAAAUAAAAUAUUUGAAAUAGAACAGAAUUUGGAAAAAAUUGUGGGAGAGUUGGAAAAAAAUGUUAAAGCCAGUGAAAAAAUUGAAGACAAAGAUAAAGUGGUUAAUAAUAGUAAUUUAAAAUAUAUUUUACAGUGGACUAAUCCGAAACAUGUGCCUUUUGUAUAUAUGGGUAAAGGUCAACAAGGAUUUAUAGACAGAAAGUGCAAAUAUACUAAUUGUUAUGUUACCAGUGAUAGAAAUUUACUCGGGGACGUUAGCAAGUUCGACGUUAUUGCGUUUGCCGGACCUGAAGUCUCUUACACACCUAAUCAAAAACUAACGCCUCCGAAGCGAUCACCACAUCAAAAGUAUACUUUUGCAAGUAUAGAAUCACCAGGGUACUACCCGAUUUGCUCCAACAGGUUAAAUAACUUUUUUAACUGGACGUGGACCUUCAGAUUAGACUCUGAGAGUAGAUGGGGCUACGUAAUUGUUAGAGAUGCUGAGAAUAAAAUAGUUGGCCCGAAUAUUGAUAUGCAUUGGAUGAACCUAGAGGAUAUGGACCCUGUCAGUGAAGAAUUAGCGGCACAGUUGAAAAAUAAAACCAAAGCAGCAGCAUGGUUCGUGUCUAACUGUAGAACAAAAAGUGUUCGAGAGAAAUACAUUAUGUAUUUGCAAAAAGAAUUAGAAGCUUACGACUUAACAGUAGAUGUGUACGGCAAGUGUGGGCCGUACAAGUGUGAAAGAAGCACUGAAGAGGAAUGUUUUCAAUUGAUAAAGAGGGACUAUUAUUUCUAUCUGUCGUUCGAGAACUCAUUCAGUAGAGAUUACGUGACUGAAAAACUGUUACAUGGCCUGAGGUACAAUGCGAUCCCUAUUGUCUAUGGAGGUGCUAACUAUACAAGGUUCAUGCCAGAUGGAAUAUACUUGAAUGCAAGAGAAUUAGGGCCGAAAGAAUUAGCUAAGAAGAUGAAAUACCUCAUAGACCAUCCCAACGAGUAUAAAGAGUAUUUCCGAUGGAACAACCACUACUCUUACUAUAGAAGAGCCGAAAAUGUUGAGACGGACGACUAUUGUGGUUUCUGUGCUCUUCUCAACAACGAGGGUAUGGUGAAAAAGACGUCCAUAUACAAGAACUUCAAGGAUUGGUGGAAUGACCCUCACCAUUGCCUUUUUGGUUAG